AGAAAGCUUAGGGUUUCUCCUUCGCCCUUCUCACUCUUCAGCCGGCUGUCAGACCGUCUCUUACUCUCUCGUCUCGAUUUUUGAAAUCGAGAGGGAAAGUCCAUUGUAGCACCUGCAUUCUUUCCAGCCAGUUUAAGGCUAUUCGACGUGGCUGCUGGCAGAAAAUCAAUUUUCAAAGGCUUGAAUCACAAAUAAGCUAGCGAAGGAGUCCCGAGACUUCUUAACAAGUCCCGUUGCAUCUCCUUCUCUUCAAGAAUUCAACUUUAGCCAACCAGAAGCAGAAGCAGCAGUCAUGGCGUAUGCUUCUCAUCUAAUUAAGCAUUCAAAAAAGUUACGAAAUGUUUCCAGCUUAAUGCGGCAUGAGCAUGCCGGAUUGGUGCGUUGGUUAUCAAAUGAUUUUCACGUCUCCGGUGGUAAAAGAAAUGUUAUUGAGGAGUUAAAUGUGCAAGAAAACAUGAACUUUGACAAAGGGAUUUCUAGGCCCAAAUUGAAAACCACCUGGGCAAAACAAGCUGAAGUUAUCAAAGAACCUUACAUGUGCUCUCCUCUCCAGAACCUACUUCUUUUUUUCCCAGGAUGUGUUUCUGCGGAUGAAAGUGGCAACCGCCUGUUCCUUUCUGACAGCAAUCAUCAUCGCAUUAUUGUAUCUGAUGGCAAUGGAAAGAUUCUGGAUUCGAUUGGUUCUGGCCCAGGAUUUGAGGAUGGAGAAUUUGAGUCUGCCAAGCUAGCACGUCCUGCAGCUUCCUUUUAUGAUGAUGAGGAGGAUUGCCUGUAUAUUGUAGAUUCAGAAAACCAUGCCAUCAGGAGAGCUGAUCUGGAGAGUCGGGUUUUAGAGACAGUUUAUCCAAAAAGCUUCAGUAAGAAAAAUAAUAGUAUUUGGACCUGGAUUAUGGAUAAGCUGGGUUCUAGAAUUAAUGUUGAUGCAAAAUCUGAAGAAUUUGAUUCACAGCCUCUGGUGUUCCCUUGGCACCUGUUGAAGUCCGUGGAUAAUACUUUCUUAAUCAUCAGCCGUAGCUUUGAAGCUCUGUGGGUCAUAGAUUUAGUGUCAGGAGAGAUGAAAGAAUGCAUCAAAGGAUUUCCCAACAUUUUGGAGACUUGUGGACAGUUGAUCACAGGGAAAGUAUCCCUUUUGAAACAGCUACCAAUUGAUUACUUGAAACAGCAGACUGAUGUCAACUGUUCACUGAAGGAAUUUCCAUAUGCUACUCUCGUAUCAAACUUAACAACCUUUGAGAAUGACAUUGUCUUGUGUGACACAGUUGCACAUAGAGUUCUUAAAAUAAGUAGAGAAUCCGGUGCCUGUUCGAACUUCCAGUUAUCAAAUUUUGGGAUUCUUGGAUUACCUUUCUGGCUAUCAUUCCCUGUGGAGAGAGUUUAUUCUGUUGCUGGAGCAUCGGCCGAUCAUAUUGAGCACGUCAGCUUGUUACCAGGAAGGGUUGACAUAAGGUUAAAUAUAGACAUCCCUAUGGAUACCGAGCUUGUUGAACCAUUACAAGAAGGAUGUAUAUGGCGCCAGGCAAGAGGGUCUGCUACAGUCAUCUUAGGAGCAGAAGAUGUAGUGGGAUCCUCAGAGAAGGCUGGUGUUUCCCAACAGUGGUAUGAUGAAUUGGAUAAUCUGGCAUUUUCAACUCCUGGAUUAGAGGUGGCUACUGAAGAGGAUAGUGCAACCUCUGAUGUCAAUUACGAGGAUGAGAGACUCCAUAUUGAUUGCGCAGUCAACACUAGUCCCGGGACAAGUGAGCUUAUUAUACAUGCGGCACUGUAUCUAAAACUAAGAAGGCAUCUUGAUCUGGAAGAGGGUGGACAGCAGAAACAUGCCGCGAGGAUAGCUGAUAUUUUGAACCCUGGAAGAGGUGAAGGACUGGAAAAAGAUUCAUGCAUUCAGCUCUUGUUAAAAUCGAACUGUAAUUUGAGAGACCUCAUCUUUGUGAAACCCUUGCAUUUGAGGAUAAAUUUGGAUACCCUGGAUCACCCAAAAGCUGAUAAUUCAAAAGAUAUCAUCUUAACAGACUCUGCCAUUGAAGUCAAUGUAUCUCUCUAGACAUGAUUGCUGCUGUGAAAACGCGAAUAUCCUUGUCACAAAUUUUGGAAGGUUCGACUUUUGUCACUCAAAAGCUUGCGUUCAUGCAUACAGCAAGACCCUCCUGAGGGCAAGAGGAAAAAUUAAAUUAACACUUAGCAGGGAUCCUCCAUUGCAGGGCAUGUCCUUGUGUCGUUGUGUUUUUGUCAUAAAUUCAAAUGUAAAAGGAAAAUCAAUAGAUAGGAAUUCAAAGUUCACAAUCUGAUUGUUGUACUGAGAAGAACAGGUCAUAAAUAGAAAGAAAAGAAAGAAAGAAAGAUGGGAUUUGGUGAA